UCAUUGAAAGAAAGAAUCAGACGACAUUCCGACUUUCGCGAAAAACGAGGAACGAAAAUGCCUUCCGAAAUUACGACUGGAAAAACAGUGAUUAUUUUAGCUGCUGUUGUGGGAUGUUUUGCAAUACUAUGGCCUCGUCUGUUUCACCCCAUGCUCCAGUCUGCGUUGUACGAAACAACCACCCUAGACAAAACUGCAGGAUGCUGUGAUGUUAUUUCUGAUAUGGAUGUCAAUGCCAUCAAAAUCUUGACAGAAAUGUGUGGUCGAAUCAUCACAAAGCAUGAUGAGCUGGAUCCAAAGUUUUUGUCUGAUUUUGAGCAUGGGAAAAUAAACAAAGAAGUUGUAAACACUUGUAGAAGAGAAGUUUUAAACACGUGUGGGGUUGACAUCACCUCCUUCUUAGCUGUACAAGUUGGCCUUGGUCAUACUUAUCGUCAGAUAAUGGACAAUAUCAAAACCUUCAACAACUCUGUUUGCUUGAAACAAAACUUUGGAAUUGAAAGAAGUCUUCUCGGAGCUGCUAGGCACUGGUCCCAAAUUCCAACGAAAAAUUUGAGGCAAGAACGCCCUCCUCACAUGCGUCCAGACUUAGUACAUGCAGCUCUGAGGGAAAGAGGGCGAGCCAUACCACAGUCCAAUGUUGUUCCAAGAAUUCUUGAAGGAAGGCCAGGACCUAUCCCUGGAAUGCGACCUCCCAUGGGAGGAGCUGGUCAUGUGGUUCCUGCACCAAAGGCAACUCAAGGAGCUCUUGGCAUUCUCAUGCCUUUGUACACUGUUGGCAUUGUAAUGAUAUUUGUGUACACAAUGAUGAAAUUGUUAAUGAGAAGGAAUAAUGAUGUGGAAAGUGUCAACAAUUUCCAAUCAGACCCCAACUUCCGACACUACGUGUUUGGAGACCACCAUGGAGAACAGAAUGGAACUAACAAACACCACUAUGACCAACAUACUAAGCUAGACUGGAAAGAAAGGGAUACAAGAGAGAUUGAAAUGCUUAUGCUUCGAAGAAGACUUCAAGAAACUGAGGCUGCCAUGGAGCGCAUUGUUAAAAAAGUCGGCAUGGUCCCCUUCAAAUCUGAAUUUACUGCACAGGGAGAAAAUGGAAUUCAAGCAGAGCCGAAAAGGGAGGCUGAUGAGUCAGCAAGUGUCAAAGUGGUUAAUAUGGAAACUACUGCUAGCUGUGAAGGAGGCAAACCAUGGACUGGUAGUCGUCCUUCUACACCAUCUCGAAGCAGACCGCCCAGCCGCCCCCCAACUCCUCUUGAACGAGAGGCAGCCACAAUUCCUCCACCACAAGAUGCUCAAGAAAUCUUUUUGGAAGGGGCUCUUCCUUCUCAAGCACAGCUCCUUGUUGCUGAGUCAGAAACAGAGACCCACAAGGUGGGAGAAGAUGAGGUGAAGAAUCCAGUUGAAGUUGAGAAACUAGCGGCCUCUGUCCAGGAUACAAGCACGACUGUUCCUGUUACUGAAGAUGCCAACACGCCGCCAGUGAGUCCAGUUGAGAGUGACCACAAGAACAAAAUUACUUUUGAUUACUCUGUCAAAGAAGAAGAUGUUUUGGGAAAAGAAAUGGAGGAAACAUACAAUUCUGGAAAUGUUGAAGACAGUGUCGCAGGAGAAGGAGAAGAAGAAGAAGUGGAAGACGAAGAGGAAGAAGCAUAUGAAGAUGAUGAUGAAGAAGUUGAGGUGCAGCAGAGAGAUGGAGAUCGUGUCACCUUUAAAAUAGAUGAUUCUGAAAGUGUGAAGAGAAUUGAAAGGCUGAGCUCUUUGGAUCAAGAGUACCUGCAGAAUGAAAUUGACAGUAUAAUUGAAGAAGCCAUGGAAUAUGUUCAACAUGAGCUUGAAGCUAAGCAAUACAUUUCAGAAGAAGGUGACAUUGAUCAAGAAGGUGAUUAUUUAGAGGAAGAAGAAUUGGAAGAGCAGGAGGAAGAAGAUGAAGAUGAUGAAGAGAAUGACAUUGAAAGUGAUAUUCGUGAAGCUAUUAAGGAAAGUGAGAAAAUGCGUAAAUCAGUCCACCAGAAAGUUGAAGAGGUUAAAUCUUCAUUGAUGUCAGUUACACCUCAAAAUAAAGUUUCCGUGGAAAAGGAACCUACUGCACAUCCUUUAAAUGCCUCUAACACAGCUGCGGGAAAAGUGAAAUUCCAAACAGAGCAAUUGAAGGAUGAUGAGGAAGAAGAAGAGGAGGAAGAAGAAAUGGAAGAUGAGGAACUAGAUGAAGAAGAGGUUGAAGACGAAGAACUUGAGGAUGAAGAGGUAGAAGAAGAGGAAGUGGAAGACAAAGAAUCCAGCAAUGGAAGGUUGGAGAAUUCAAGGGUAGGUGAGGAGGCAAAUGGAAAACAUGUCAAUAAUAAGAGUGCUGUGGAUGAAGAGGAAGAAUAUGAAGAGGAAGAGAUAGAAGAAGAGGAAGAGGUUGAUGAGGAAGAGGAAGAGGUUGAUGAGGAAGAAUAUGAAGAGGAAGAAGAUGAAGAGCUGGAGGAAGAAAAAGCUCCUAUCAAUGCAGAAAAUGGGAAAAAAUGAUUUUCUUAUUCAGGGAAAUUUGCUCCUUACUUCAAAAUAAAAUGAGGUAUCAAUACUAAGUUUUGACAAGUGUUCGGACUGCAUUGCAUUUAGAAAAUGUAUUUUCCUCUUUUAAGAAGUUUUUUUUAUGGGGUGUUAAAAUGGGAGCACAUAUGUCUUGACCUUUUAAUUAUUAGAAUUUUUUCCCUGUUUUACUUUUUGUCUUACACUUGCUGUUAUGAACUGUUCAAAGACCAAUUGCACUAGUGUUUAUACUGAAUUGGUCACUUUCUGAAUACCAUUUUUAUUGAAGACUUAGUUUAGUGAUCAUUAUGUACAGUUCAAAAUAUUUUACAUUACUUUUGUCUUGUGUGGGUUGCACGUCUAAUUCCUCAAAACUAUAAAUAACAAAGAAAACAACAUAUAAAACCUUAUUUGGUGAAUUCUUAAAGUGAUCCACUUGAACUAAUCAUCAAUGUCCCUAUGAUAUCUUUGUAUGCCUAGGACCAAGUCUCAAAUGAUACUUUGUUUCUUCUAUAUCCUUUUUGUGGCAGUUUGACACACAUUUUAUUUAAAGUCUAGGGUUGCAUGUUAAGAAAAAUUAACAUUGAUAACUGUACUGGUUGAUUGUUCUUGUUUUUAUGUUUACCCCAAUGUAAGAGAGUGAAUUGGUGAAUGUGCCAAUGAAGUGGACUGAUAAAGCAGUUCAUGUUUUCUAGAAAGACUUAAACGGACUUUGCAACAGCCAACAUAUAUAUUUUGUACUAGGGAAGAAAACGUUCUUAUAAUGUGUGUGUGUCCAAUUAAUGUUCAGAUGUUAAAUUUUUAAAUUCAAAACAAAUAAAAUGUUUUGGGUUCUGGGACACUGUCCAGCAUUUGGUUUACUACGUACAUUUGUCAUUAGUCUCUAUCAUGUGUACUACAGUGAGUGUCUACAAAGUCAUUAGUUUCUUUCAGUCAGUAUUGUGCUAAAGAGCAGAGUUGAUAUUGUCUAGAAAAGGGUGUGUAUUGCUAUGAGCAGCUAAUAGCAGUUUGAUUACAAAAUAAACUAGUCCACUAUGAAUCCUACUAUUUAUUAAUAUUCACCAAAUACAACUUUCACAGGAUGAUAAGCCUUAAUAGAAACAUUCUAAUAGUAAUUCUCUUGUAGACGAAAAUUUUUCACUUUUAUCACCAUCCUGUUGUGCUGUACUUCUAAAUUUUUUUUUUUUUUUUUUACUGCAUUUAUGGAUAAUGGACAUCAUUUUUUAUAGUGCUAUUAACAAAUAUGCAAACAUGUUUGAUAUCAAUGUUUAUUUCCUUCCUAUAAUUGUUAGAAUAUUGUGUCUGUGAUGCAAUGCCCAAUGCAUAAAUCUUAUCAGUUUUAUCUGCAUUCUGUAAAGUGGUUUGCAAAUAAAGCGAAAUCCCAAUUACUGUUUC